AUGAGGCCCGCUGGCGGUUGCCGCGGGAGCGGGCUGCUGGUUCUCGGCCUCGCGCUCUGGGUCUCGGCGGCGCUGCUGCUCCGUGGCUGCGCGGGGCAGCAAGCUGAGGAGGACGGCGCGGACGCCCCGGCGGCGGCGGCGGCGGCGACGGCCCCCAUGGAGGAGAAGGAGCGUAGGGCCCUGUACGCCGCCAUCGAGAGUUUCGUCGGCAAGGGGUGGAACGGCUCCGGGCUCUACCCCGACCCCUGCGGCUGGUCUCCCAUCCAGGGGGUGUCAUGUGAUCUCUUCAAUGGGCUGUGGUACCCAACAGUGAUGAGCAUUGGCCCAGUUCUCGACAACUCGCUGCAGUGCACCCCUGACGCCAAGUUCAGCCCGCAGCUGUUCGACCUUCGGCGCCUCCGGACGCUGUCCUUCUACAGCUGCUUCCCGGCGAGCAACCCCACGGCCAUCCCGACCGCCGGCUGGGAGAAGCUGUCGGGGACGCUGGAGACGCUGGAGUUCCGCACGAACCCGGGCCUCACCGGCGGCAUCCCGCCCUCCCUCGGCCGCCUGGCCAGCCUGCAGUCGCUGGUGCUCGUGGAGAACAACCUGACGGGGCCCAUCCCCGCCGAGCUGGGCGCGCUGUCGAGGCUGAGACGGCUGGUGCUGUCCGGGAACGGGCUGUCGGGGCCGAUCCCGGCGACACUCGGUAAUAACGACCGCCGCCACCGCCACGCCCACGAUGACGAGCUGUUGAUCGUGGACCUGAGCAGGAACUGUCUAACCGGCUCUCUGCCUUCGUCGCUAGGUGGCCUCACGGGGCUCCUGAAGAUGGACCUGAGCAACAACCUGUUGCAGGGCAGCAUCCCGCCGGAGCUCGCGGGGCUCAAGACCCUCACGCUGCUGGACCUCCGGAACAACAGCAUCACCGGCGGGCUGCCGCAGUUCGUGCAGGGCAUGGCGUCGCUGCAGGACCUGCUGCUGUCGAACAACCCGCAGCUGGGCGGCGGCCUGCCGCAGUCCGGCUGGGAGACGCUGGCGGCGAACCUGGCCACGCUGGACCUGUCCAACGUCGGCCUCGUGGGACCCAUACCGGCGUCCAUGGCGGCGCUGACGGGGCUCCGGUUCCUGGCGCUGGACCACAACCGCCUGACGGGCGCCGUGCCGCCCGAGCUCGCCCAGCUGCCCAGCAUCGGCGCGCUGUACCUGAACGGCAACAACCUGACGGGGGCGCUGCAGUUCUCGGCGGGGUUCUACCGGCGGAUGGGCCGGCGGUUCGCGUCGUGGGACAACCCCGGGCUGUGCUACAACAUCGCGGCCGUGGACGCGGCGCGCGCGCCGUCGGGCGUGGUCGUGUGCAAGGACCUGCAGGAGCCCAGCGUGGCGCGGGACGGGGACGGGGAGGAGGGCGGGAGGAAGCCCGAGGCGAGCUCCAGCCUCGUGGCCUCGUCCGGUCGGUCGGCUGCCAGGGUCGGUGGGCUCUGGUACCUGGUGGUGGUUCAGGGAAUGGCGGCUGCGGUUCUUGGAUUGAUGUCCCUCCUACUAUAG